AUGAGCACGAAACUUGGAAUCGACCUGUUGUCUCCUUUAGAAAAGAGUUACCUUGAAGCGCUCGCUGAAUCAUACCACAAUGCCAAGAGCUGGGAGACUCGAAGGCAAAUAUUGUCCAUCAUGUCUGGCGUAGCUAACUAUAACCACAUUGUUAAAUUUAUACCCGGUUUAACCAGGUACCGUUAUUCGGUAGCUAACUUGCACCGCCUCCAGUUUGGUCGAGGAGCACCAGUAGAACACCAACCUUUGACUCGUAUUAAAGUAGACAUCAAGCAGCUUGAUCACUUUCUUGGUUUCAUCACCAGCCCCCAUUUAAUCCAAGAUCUUCCUUUUGGCAAUAACAAGUUAAAGCUUUCGAAUGGUCAGACAAUGGAGGUACCCAAUGUCAUCCGCACUCUCAUUCCAGAACGAAUAGCUCGGCAAUAUACUCAGUAUUGUGAAGACACUGGGUUCACUCCAUUCAGUAAAAGCACAAUGCUGAGAGUUUUAUCUGAAUGUAGUGCCACAGUAAGGAAGUCGCUACAAGGUCUAGACUACUACGCAGCGGAAGGAGCACAAGCCUUUGACAACUUGAUCUAG